AUGGAAGAGAACACUGCCGCCCUAAAAGAACAAACCGCAAAGGUUGAUGAAUACAUGAAGAUUGUAGAGGAACUUAAAGCUGAAAAUAAAAGUUUAAAACAACAAGUAGUAGUCCUGGAAGAGAGGCUGGUUGAAGUGGAGCAAUAUUCACGAAGAAAUACAUUAGAAAUUUACGGAGUUCCGGAAGAAAAAAAUGAAGACACUUUAGAAACUGUCAAAAAAGUAGGGGCUGCGCUGAACAUGACAAUUGAAAAUGACAUGGUGGACGCAUGUCAUAGGCUAUAUAAGAAACCAGGCACAAAAGGACCAGCUGGAAUUAUUGUAAAGUUUGUAAGGAGAGGAGGUAAGGAAGAUAUGAUCCACAAGAGGAAAGUUAAACGUGCGUUAUCUACUCGACAUAUAAAUCUACCGAUGGACAGUCAAAUUUAUAUUAAUGAAUCUUUUUGUCCUACAAAAAGGAGGCUGCUCGCCCUGGCACGGGUCAAGAAGAAGGAUCUCGGUUAUGCAUUCCUGUGGGUGCGAAAUGGUAAAAUCUUUAUGCGGAAGAAAGAAGGUGACCGUGCGAAAGAAAUAGUCAGUCAGCAGGACCUACAGAAUUUGUGA